GAUCCAAUGAAAUUGUUAGAAAAAAUAUGUUACAUUCGUGGCUCGCCCAAAUCAACAUCCAAGUUAGGUUUUGCUCCCCUACCUUGUGCAAGAGGCUUGAAUUCCAGUUUGACAGGAGAGGAACAAGCUACUGCACUCAAUUACAAGUCCCUGCCCUGCUCUGACCAGCUGCACCAUGGGAAGGAAGAGUAGAGUGAAGACUCAGAAGUCGGGGACAGGCGCCACAGCCGUGGUCUCUCCCAAAGAGAUGAUGAACCUAAUCUCAGACCUCCUACAGAAAUGCAGCAGUGCUGCCCCUUCUCCAGGGAAAGAGUGGGAGGAGUAUAUCCAGAUACGAGGACUGGUGGAGAAGAUCAGGAAGAAACAGAAAGGUAUCUCUGUGAUAUUUGAGGGCAGCAGAGAGGAGUUCUUCCCGGAGCUGAUGGCGUGGGCUCUGGAGAGUGGAGCUUCCUGCGAGGGGGUUGAGAUCGCGAACUUCGCUGGCGAGGGCUUCGGCCUCAGGGCCACCAAGGACAUCAAGGCAGAGGAGCUGUUUCUGUGGAUCCCCAGGACGAUGCUGAUGACUGUGGAAUCAGCCAAGAACUCUGUCCUGGGUCCCCUGUACAGCCAGGACCGUAUUCUCCAAGCCAUGGGUAACGUGACCCUGGCCCUCCACCUGCUGUGUGAGCGGGCUGACCCCUUCUCCCCCUGGCUGCCCUACAUCAAGACCCUCCCUGGGGACUACGACACCCCCCUAUAUUACGAGGAGGAAGAGGUACACCACCUGCUGUCCACUCAGGCCAUCCCGGACGUCCUCAGCCAGUACAAGAACACUGCACGGCAGUACGCAUACUUCUACAAGGUCAUCCAGACUCAUCUGACCACCAGUAAACUGCCCUUGAAGGAUGCCUUUACGUUCGACGACUACAGAUGGGCGGUUUCCUCAGUGAUGACCCGUCAGAACCAGAUCCCUACAGAAGACGGUAGCCGUGUCACCCUUGCCCUCAUCCCUCUCUGGGACAUGUGUAACCAUACCAACGGCCUGAUCACCACUGGUUACAACCUGGAGGAUGACCGGUGUGAGUGUGUGGCUCUGCAGGACUACAAAGAGAAUGAACAGAUCUACAUCUUCUACGGGACGCGAUCCAACGCUGAGUUUGUGAUCCACAACGGCUUCUUCUUCCAGGAGAAUGCCCAUGACAGAGUCAAGAUCAAACUGGGGGUGUCCAAGAGUGAACGGCUGUACGCCAUGAAGGCGGAGGUGCUGGCCCGCGCUGGCAUCCCCUCGUCCAGUAUCUUUGCCCUGCACUGUAGCGAUCCUCCAAUCUCUGCCCAGCUACUAGCCUUCCUCAGAGUCUUCUGUAUGACUGAGGAGGAGCUGAAGGACUACCUGGUAGGUGAACAUGCCAUCAAUAAGGUUUUCACACUAGGUAACACGGAGUUCCCAGUGAGCUGGGACAAUGAGAUGAAACUUUGGACAUUCCUGGAGACCAGGGCUGCCCUGCUGCUCCAGACCUACAAGACCAGCUCCCAAGAUGACCAGUGUGUGUUGGAGAAUCCUGACCUCUCCUUCCACUCCCGUGUGGCCAUCCAGCUACGCCUGGCUGAGAAGCAGAUCCUGGAGAAGGUUGUGGCCAGCGGCAAGGCCAGGCGCCUGCACUUCCAGCAGCAGCAGGAGGAGGGCGCUCCGCUGCCCCGCUAUGAGGAGAGCGACAUCUCCCUUCUGGAGAACGCAGAGGCCGACACCAAGCUGCCUCUCAUAUUGAGGAAACUUCAGGAGGAGGACGACGACCAGGCAGCGGUGGAACGGGUGUUAGCCCAGGUACAGCAGCUGGGACAAGGGGAUGCAGCCAGGGAACUAGCCUCCCUCAUAGUCAACGGGGAUGGUGGGAAGGUGGUAGUCAACGGGAAUGGUACGGACGCUAGCCCAGUCCUGGAGGUUGGUGUGGACGCUAGCCUGAAUCAGGAGGCUAGCAAAAAAGUUAGCUUAACCUCCUUGGACGCUGGCCAAAGUGCUAGCCCUGCCCAGGAGGAGGAUGGUAUGGUUGCUAAGUUCACCACGCCAGACGCUGCUGACCCAGCUACCACCCGGGAACAAGAAGGCCAAACGGAGAACGGAGGAGACAAUGCUACUGCUUCUCUCUCACAGGAAGUGGACGUGGACCUGAGUGCAGAACGAACUGGAGACGUGCCCAAUGUGAACAGUGUAUAGGUGUAAUCAUCAUCUAGCUAGGCCUUAUUGCAGAAGAAGAGCAGUGCCAGCCAGUCAGCCAGUCGGUCAGCCAGUCAGUCAGCCAGUCAGUGUUGUCUCUUAAGUGACUCACAGAAAUAAAGGAGAAUUAAUGAAGAAUUCCGAUGUAAAAAACUGAACACUGUUGGUUGGUUCAUCCCUCCUUCCACUGCUUUGUUAGUUUUACCUCCGUACCGCAGCAGACUGCACAGUGCCAGUCAAUGUCCCUCCCCUUUCCCUUUUAUCUGAGCAGUAAACGUUUCUAAUGUUUUAUGAA